ACCUUCUCUUUAUUCCUUGCUUUCUCACUGCAUCAAUCAUGUAGGGUUGUGUUUUGGCAAUGUGGCUGAGCCUUGUAGUUCGCUUCACUUGCUCGCAUACCGACACCGUACUCGAGACUCGGAUUAACCGCCGUUACCGACGCUGGAAGUGGGUAUAUAUCUCCGCUUGUCGUCACUAAUACCAUGGUAGGUCUAGUCGGAUAACGUGUUCCUUAGUCUAUGGCUAGCUUCACGGUCGGUCCUAUUCUCGAACCAUCACAUGACGGGUUUCAGCUCAGUGUAGCAGUACCUCCGACAUCGUUCCUUGUCACUAUACUGCCAGAACAGUAUUGUUAUUCUCCGACCCGCAUUCUAUCCACUCCUUCUUCACCGAUCACACAGUCGAACAAUUAUCCGGAUUGAAAGCACCAUUUCUGGAAUCAUGGCUCCGGGUGUAUUGUGGGUUUCUUCGCGCAUCGUGAACCCAGACAAACUCUCUACUGAGAAGUUCUGCGAUUGGUACGAAAAUGAACACAUCCAAGAAGUCAUCAGCCUCGGCGGCGUACCCUCCGGUGUACGCUACCAAGCCCUACAACCCCAACCCUCAUCAUCUUCCUUUAGCAACAAAUUUCCAUGGCUAGUAACCUACGAAUUCCCCGACAUCACCUACAGAGAAAGCGAAGACUUCCAGAACAUAGCCGGCAAGAACCCUCCCAGCCAAGAACUAAUCAACACAAUCUACAAAAACUCCGCCUUCGCCAUCCGCUUCUACGAAGAAAUCCAGGCCGUAAAAGGAACCACUUCAUCUCCGACUAAAUUCGUCAUCAGUGCCGCUCUCCAACCACCCAAAGACGCUUCUUCAGAUGCAGACUUCGAUGCGUGGUACCGCGAAGAACACCUUCCGGUUCUCUCCCGCGCACCAGGCUUUGUGCGCUCCCGCCGGUUUAAACUAGCGGCUGCGUCUACGCUGGAGGACUUUACGUUUGGUGAUGCGAUGGAGACGGCGCCGAGGUAUUUGGCGUUGCAUGAGUUCAGUGGGGAGGUGUUGCCGUGGAAGGAGUUGGAGGAGAGUGGGCAGACGGAGUGGGCGAAGAAGGUUAUGGGAGGUUUGAUCAAGGAGGAGGUUGGGUUGUAUGAGGUUAAGAGAGUGUAUAGUGAGGAGGAGUGGGGGAGUGUUGGGAAAUAGAGGAGAAUAAAUGAUUUGUUGAUGUUUUGACUUGUUCUCAUUGAAGCUGAAUGUGUCGUUUAUGGAUGGUAGGUAGGCUUUGGUUGCAACUAUCUUCCUUAGGUGACUACCUAGGCACGUCUGCUUGUAAAUGUAGAUUCGUAUCAUUACCUAGCUAUCUGCCCUAUUGGCUGAUGGGUUAACGUGAUCUGAUAUCGCUAACUAUGAUCAAAGCUGUCCUUCGAGAUCGCUCAAUAGCCUCUCAAACACGUCUGCUGCCCUAUGUGCAUCCACCAAUGCGGUAUGCCAAUUCCUUUCCUUAAUAAUCCUUAGGUUCAAGCUCUUC